AUGCGUGAGUGCAUCUCGGUCCACAUCGGCCAGGCCGGAGUCCAGAUCGGCAACGCCUGCUGGGAGCUCUACUGCCUCGAGCACGGGAUCCAGCACGACGGCCAGAUGCCGUCCGACAAGACGAUCGGGGGCGGCGACGACGCGUUCAACACGUUCUUCUCGGAGACGGGCGCCGGCAAGCACGUCCCGCGCGCGGUCUUCGUUGACCUCGAGCCCACGGUCGUCGACGAGGUCCGCGCGGGCUCGUACCGCCAGCUCUACCACCCCGAGCAGCUGAUCUCUGGCAAGGAGGACGCCGCCAACAACUACGCCCGCGGGCACUACACGAUCGGCAAGGAGAUCGUCGACCUCGUCCUCGACCGCGUCCGCAAGCUCGCAGACAACUGCUCCGGGCUCCAGGGCUUCCUGAUCUUCCACUCCUUCGGAGGAGGCACGGGCGCCGGCUUCGGGUCCCUCUUCCUCGAGCGCCUGAGCGUCGACUACGGCCGCAAGUCCAAGCUCGAGUUCGUCGUCUACCCCUCGCCCCAGAUCGCGACGGCCGUCGUCGAGCCGUACAACACGAUCCUCGCCGCGCACUCGAUGCUUGAGCACUCCGACUGCGCCUUCAUGGUCGACAACGAGGCCAUGUACGACAUCUGCCGCCGCAACCUCGACAUCGAGCGCCCGACAUACACGAACCUCAACCGCCUGAUCGCCCAGUGCAUCUCCUCGAUCACGGCCUCGCUCCGCUUCGACGGCGCCCUCAACGUCGACCUGACGGAGUUCCAGACGAACCUCGUCCCGUACCCGCGCAUCCACUUCCCGCUCUGCUCGUACGCGCCCAUCAUCUCGUCCGAGAAGGCGUACCACGAGAAGCUCUCCGUCGCCGAGCUCACCAACUCCGUCUUCGAGCCGGCGAACAUGAUGGUCAAGUGCGACCCCCGCCACGGCAAGUACAUGGCGUGCUGCAUGAUGUACCGCGGCGACGUCGUCCCGAAGGACGUCAACGCGGCCAUCGCGGUCAUCAAGACGAAGCGCACGAUCCAGUUCGUCGACUGGUGCCCGACAGGCUUCAAGGUCGGCAUCAACUACCAGCCCCCGACCGUCAUCCCCGGCGGCGACCUUGCGAAGGUCCAGCGCUCCUGCCUCAUGAUCUCCAACACGACGGCCAUCGCCGAGGUCUGGUCCCGCAUGGACCACAAGUUCGAUCUGAUGUACGCCAAGCGCGCCUUCGUGCACUGGUACGUCGGUGAGGGCAUGGAGGAGGGCGAGUUCUCCGAGGCCCGCGAGGACCUCGCCGCCCUCGAGAAGGACUACGAGGAGAUCGGCGCCGAGACCCUUGGCGACGGCGAGGGCGAGGACAUGGAGGAGGACGACGCCUACUAA